GGGAAUUCCCAAAGCAGGUGUUUUAACGGAAGUCUAAAUAGUGUGUCUUGGGCUGAGCAGGGUAGGUUAGGGAAGGCUGCCCGAAGACCGUGCUUUAGGUGGGGACUUGAAUAAGACAGAGGUGCAGGGGUGGGGUGGAGCGAGUUGAAGAUGGGGGAAGGUCAGGCGAAUCUGACCAGAAGCGGCCAUCUGAGGUGGGCUGUGUGGGUUUACGUGGCUUCAGGGAUGGGCUGCAGGCUCUCACUGGAAAAUUCGGGUGCUCCAGCUCCGACUCGCCGCCUCCCUCUCGGGUCAGCCAGGUCCAGACUCCCGAGCUUGCGGCUCAAGUCGCCGGAAGUGGGAGCGACUCCUCAGCUGAGCAGCAACUUCUGCUUUCUCAGCCUCCGAGUCCCCCUCGGCCCCAAAGACGCAGGACCUCGCCAGGCUGCCGUCGCCGGUGUGGGUGACCCCUCUUGCCCCCGUGUGCAACACGUGGGCGCGGGGGUGAGGGUGCUGCUGGCGCCCGGCCAGGCCGGCUCGGUGGGCGGGCGGGAUCACCCAGGCCUGGGCAGGCGGCGGCCGGGUCCUGAGCCCCGAACCCAGAGUCUGCGGCCAGUCCUCCCCCGACUCGGGGCGGGGCCUCCGCCCGGCCGCACCCGUUUAUCUGCGCUCCGGAUGCCUGGAUGCCGAGGGCAGCCUCUCGCAGCUCGGCUCGGCUCGGCCGCAGGGGACAGAAGCCUGUCAAGUUUGCCUGAUAUCCAUCAACCAGGCCCUUGACACUUGGUCUCAGCCCAGCUUUGCCUGCCUUGCCGUGUGAUCUUGGCCCCCCGCCCAGCCCACAGCCAUGGCCACGAUGGUGGCCCAGAAGCUCAGCCACCUCCUGCCCGGUCCGCGGCAGGUCCACCAGGAGCCUCAGCCGUCUGUGCCAUCAGAGCCUGUGUUCACCGUGGAUCGAGCCGAGGUGCCGCCCCUCUUCUGGAAGCCGUACAUCUACGUGGGCUACCGGCCUCUGCAUCAGACCUGGCGCUUCUAUUUCCGCACGCUGUUCCAGCAGCACAACGAGGCAGUGAACGUCUGGACUCACCUGCUGGCCGCCCUGGUGCUGCUGCUGCGGCUCGCCAUCUUUGUGGGCACCGUGGACUUCUGGGGAGACCCGCAUGCCCUGCCCCUCUUCAUCAUCGUCCUCGCCUCCUUCACCUACCUCUCCCUCAGUGCCUUAGCUCACCUCCUGCAGGCCAAGUCUGAGUUCUGGCAUUACAGCUUCUUCUUCCUGGACUAUGUGGGUGUGGCCGUGUACCAGUUUGGUAGCGCCCUGGCGCACUUCUACUAUGCCAUUGAGCCCGCCUGGCACGCCCAAGUGCAGACCAUCUUCCUGCCCACGGCUGCCUUUCUUGCUUGGCUUUCCUGCACUGGCUCCUGCUACAACAAAUACAUCCAAAAGCCUGGCCUGCUGGGCCGCACUUGCCAGGAGGUACCCUCCGCGCUGGCCUACGCACUGGACAUCAGCCCCGUGGCACACCGUAUCCUUGUGUCCCCCGACCCUGCCACAGACGACCCGGCUCUUCUCUACCACAAAUGCCAGGUCGUCUUCUUCCUGUUGGCUGCGGCUUUCUUCUCUGCCUUCAUGCCUGAGCGCUGGUUCCCUGGCAGCUGCCAUGUCUUUGGGCAGGGCCACCAGCUCUUCCAUGUCUUUUUGGUACUAUGCACACUGGCCCAGCUGGAGGCCGUGGCGCUGGACUAUGAGGCCCGGCGGCCCAUCUAUGAGCCUCUGCACACCCGCUGGCCCCACAACUUCUCCGGCCUCUUCUUGCUCACUGUAGGCAGCAGCAUCCUCACCGCAUUCCUCCUGAGCCAGUUGGUACGGCGCAAACUUGAUCUUGAUCGGAAGACUCAGUGAAGGGGGUGGCAGCUGGUAGGGAGGGAGGUAUAGUGGGGCCCAGAGGUCCGGAUGGGAACAGAUGGGAAUAGGUGGGAACCUUGGCUCCAGAUGGGAACAAGUCCUGGUAAAGUUGUUUGUAUCUGGCCCGCGGUGAUUCUCUGCGCACGCCUCAGCUGCCAAGGGCAGCACUGGCCAGUCCUUGGAUUUGAGGAUUGGAUGGAGCUGCUGGGGUCUACUCUUGGGCCUGCCCCAGUUGCCUGCCCUGGGAGAGGGAAAGAGAAAGAUGUGUGUCACCCUGGUUUUGCCUCCCCUCACUGCCUCUCUCACUUAGGGGUGAGGAUGGGGGAUCAGCUGGGGCCAAGACCCUGACUUGGGGCUUCCAGAUUAUAUGGAAGGGGUGGGGUUUGGAUUUAGGUUAGAGUCAGAUCUGAGCUGAGGGACAGGGGAAGCAUCAGCAGUGCCCUCUACCCAGAUCCCCUUGGGAAAUGACAGCCCUCUGUUGUGUGCAGUACUGUAAGGUUCCUUGAACUCCAGCUUGGAGUUUAGGUGCUCCAGAGAACCCUCAAAGGUUGAAGAUUGUGCCAGGUGGAAAUGGAUCCCAUCCAGUGCCCCACAGCUCUCAGUCACUGUCCCAGUGAGCUCCACCCUCCUAUCACUGGACUCUGUAUCCCACUCAUCCUGUUUCCAUCUUCUUUCCUGGGUCCCUUGUUCACAACUCAGUGUUUAUCCAUUCAGUGUUUCUUGGGCCUCUACUCAGACACAGGCUAUCGAUGGGGCCCUGUGGAUUAAUGCAGGAUGGUAAAGGCUUUACUAUCGAAUGAACUGUCAGGGGAAACACUAAGGAGGGAAUAAUUAAUGCUGCCUGGGACCCUCAGGGUCUUGGGUUGAGAAGGGUGAAUAGGAGUUUGCAGAUGGAGAGAGGAAGUGUAUUCCAGGGAAAGGGAAAAACCUGUUCAAAGGCCAAGAGGAAUGGAAGGAGGAGUCACUGGAGCUGAAAUCAGGGGUGGUCUGGACUCUGAUGUCCUGGAUGCAAUAAAAUGACUGUGCUAACA